GGUCCUCGCUGACGUCACAGGUGCCGCCGCGGCCCCUUCCGGGGCGGGAAAGCGGCGCGCUCGGUCGGAAGUGACGCACCCGCGCAGUCCGGCAAGUGGCGCCGUUUUAAGCUUAGCGGGCUGGGUCGGUUCGUCUACCUAGUCACCGCCUGGGAGGAGAGCCCAGAAUUCCGGUGUUUUGCCGAAAGGAUCCCAGCCAGUCCGCCGACCUUCCGGUGCAGACGAGAGCCCCGAAGCUCCGCCUGCGGGAGAGGCCGGGCAGGGCGAGAGGGGCGCAGGGGAAAGGGUGCCCGGGCCAUGGCUCCACCCCCCGGGGUGGGUCCCGCGUCCCUGCGGUUUGCAGCUGCCGCCAGCUGGCUGGUGGUCCGCCGCCGCUGCGUCGAGCACUUCCCCAGAGUGGUGGAGUUCCUGCAGUCCCUGCGCGCUGCUGCCCCCGGCUUGGUUUGCUACCGACACCAUGAACGCCUGUGUAUGGGCCUAAAAGCCAAGGUGGUGGUGGAGUUGAUCCUGCAGGGGCAACCCUGGGCCCAGGUCCUGGAUGCCCUGAAUCAUCACUUCCCAGAGACCCAUCCCCAGAGAUCAGUGCCACUGGACCCCGCAGCUACAAAGCAAGAUAGGAAGAUUUCGGAGGCACGGGAAAGUUUUUGCCUGCAUGUGAAGCAGCUGGCAGAGACUGAGGAUUUGGCCUCCAGCCUGCAGGAACUCGAACAAGAAUAUGGGGAACCCUUUCUGGUUGCCAUGGAGAAGCUGUUCUUUGAAUACUUGUGUCAGCUAGAAAAAGCACUGCCUGCAGUCAAAGAACAAGAGCUUCAGGAUGCUCUAAGUUGGGUUCAGCCUGGCUGUCUGGUCACCUCUUCUGUUGCUUUGCACCAGUAUGGUAUGGACAUGGGAUGGCCAUUUCCAGAGAGCUCUGCUUCUGGCUCAGUGAAUCUGACAGAACCCAUGGAACAGAGUCCUCACCAGCAAACAAAACCAGCACUCCACAGUCCUCUGCCUAAAGCUAAGCUUGGCCUUCACCAACCAGCUUCACGGGAGCACCCAGAACAUUUAGCUGGCAGCCGCUUUAAUCUGGCCCCUCUAGGACAGCGAAAAUUCCGAUCACAAUGGACCUCUGCAAAGGGAUGCCAUAAAGAGCGGCCUACAGUCAUGCUGCUCCCCUUCAGGAAUAUGGACUUACCAGCCCAAGACGGAGCUAACCCUAAAGGCAGAGAAGAGCAUGGAGUGGGCACAGCAGGUUCUGUGGGCACCAAAACCGUUUCCGGCGGGAAGUCUAAGCCAGCAUCUCAGGGCCUGGGGAAAAGGGUUCCAGAGGAGAGCCCGCCUGCCUCACCCGCUGCAGAGCCCAAGGAGAACUCUGUGAAUUGCUACAUGGACCCUCUAAGUCUCUCCCUAUCACCUCCUAGAGCCAAGAAACCAGUGCCGUCCCCAUCUCUGUGUAGCCCUGUCAUUACCAUAGGGGACUUGGUGUUGGACUCUGAAGAGGAAGAAAGUGACCAGAGGGAAGGAAAGGAGUCUCUGAAAAACUAUCAGAAGACAAAGUUUGACACCUUUAUCCCCAUGUUUUGUGACUACAUGCCAAGUCCUGCCUGUUCAUUCCUGGCCAGAUAAACAGUUCUCAGGUCCUGUAACAGUACUGGAAUGUCCUUCGCACUGUCCAUCUGCCUCUGCAGCUCUGCAUGCAGUUCAGUGGAAAUGGAGAGGAAGCCCAGACCUGAGUUGCCUGGCUUUGUAAAUACUUGAAAAUUAAAACUUGAAUGUGUUA